AUGGCCUGGCUGCCUAUCCCGGACUUUCUUGUGCAUGCCUGCCAGUCCACCUUCACGGCUGAGCCGCGACCGGGACUGAAGCCCAUCCCCGGAACAAAACCUCUGACUGUCGAAGCGAUCCUCUGCCCGGUGCUACUCUACUAUAUCGCUCUGCUUCUCCUACCACCUCCCCCGCCGCCAUCCGUCGCUAGCAUUCAGCUUGGAUUCCUGAGGAAUGUGCUGGCGGCUCUAGCGGCGUACCUCUUCCUCCGGCUGCCCUUGGCAUACCAUGUUCCGCAAAGCAUCGGGUUGACAUAUCAGCUUGGCCUCGUGGGUCUUUACGGGGGCCUCCGAGUUCUGGAUGCUUUCUUCAUCAGCUACUAUGGCUGGGGCCACGUGCCGCGACGCGUGCGGUACUCGCACCACCUGCGUGCUGAGACGCCGAGGAAAGAAGUGGACCUGAGACCGUGGAGUGACGGGGGCGACAACGGGAUGUUACGAAAGCCUUCGUUGCCGCCCAAAAAGGACAGUCCCGACAACGAGAGCGAUUUGGCUAAAACCGAUUCUCCCGCGAAGAAGCGGCCUAGUGUGCAGCGCGAGGUUUCGAGGUCUGAUCUCGUGGAGAACAUGACUUCGGAAUCGUAUACGGAUCUCCUCUCCAAGGAUGAAGGAUACACCACGAUGAUGAAGAGACUACUAGACGGCCCAAGACCUAUUCCAGUCGUGGAGACGGCCCAUACGGAAGAUGGCUGGCCGCAUGGAUUUGCUGAUCGAGCGGCCUGGGCACUGGAGUUGGAGCUGUCGAUGCGCGGGGUGGGAUUUACCUGGACGACGGCGGACGUGCGACAUACGAAGAAGACAUGGCUGCCGACGCCACAGAACCGUCUGCAUUCGAUCCUGCUGCACGUGGGCCCUGUUCUCGUAGCGGCGUGGGCCAUCAUCAAGACCAUCUACGUCAAUCGCCUCGCGCCCUUGGAGGCGAGGAAAAACCCGCCCGAGUCUCCCUUUGACCAACUCGCCCUGGUGGAGCAAUUCGCCUUGACAGCUGCUCUGGGCGCUUUCCUCAUGGCGGCCUUCUCUCUCGGCCAUUCGCUCUUCGCCGUCCUCUGCUCGCCUCUCGCGCCCUCUCCGCUGGCCUUCUUCCCGCCCCUGUACACAACCCGAGUGUGGUCCAUAACCUCCGCACGGGGGUUCUGGUCCUACGGCUGGCACCGUCUCUUCGCUCGCCUGUUCCUCGUCUGGGGCGUCUGGCCGGGAGAGUACGUGGAGCGGAAACUCACCGGAAAGACGGCAGACCAACCGGCAGAUGUCGGGAAAGUCCUGGGGGGGUUCUUCAGCUCGGCACUCGUGCAUUCCUUUUGCGUGAGGGGCACUCUGGGAGGGAGAUGGAUGGAUGCUGCUGGCGAGGCGAAGUUUUUCGCUCUCAAUGGCGUUGCGGUUCUGGUGGAGGAAGGCAUCAAGAGGGGUGUGAGGAGGUGGAGGAGGGAUAGGGGAGGAAAGCAAUCGGUGUGGUAUGAUGCGUGGAUUGGACGGGUUUGGUGGGUUUUCUUGUUGCUUUAUACUGGGAGGAAUUUUGCAAGGGGGUGGACGAAGGCUGGGUUGGUGAGGGAGAUGGCGUUCAUGUGA